AUGGCGCACCGCGACUACAACGACCCGCGUGUUCCUCUUGGGGACAUAACCAACGCACAGAAUCAAGAUUUUGGUUCUAAAAAAAGGACAAGAGUUCUUGAAGACGAUGAUGAUCUAAGAAACGUUAGGCGUCAAAAAGAUAGAGAUCGUUAUGCGAAUAUGCCGCCAGAUAAGAAGGCAGAACUUAAUGCAAAGAAAAGGGAAAACUAUCAUCGAAAGAAGGCAGAAAAGCAAUCUGUAGGAUUGACGGAUACACCCCAGUUGGCAUUGUUACAUGCUGAUGGAAUUCCAUGUUUGGUGGACACACCGAAGUCGGCAGUGAUCCACAUUGCUGGAACUGCAGGACUGUCAGGCACCCCACACUCAGAUCUGUUGCAUUUGGAUGGAACUGCGGUUUUGAAUGGAGCUGCUGGUGUUGGUUCAAAUAAUUUUGAAAUGCUAUGGCACGGUUGUAGGACUGUCUGGCACCCCACUCUCGGCUCUGUUGCAUGUGGAUCUCCGGAGGAUGAUUCCAUUGACAUCCUAAUUGAUCAGGUGUUCCCGAAUCUUGUUGCUAAUUGCACUUCUACCUCUUAUAUGCGUGAGCGUGCAAUACUAUCCACCAGGAAUGAACAUGUUGAUGCCGUGAAUGCACUUAUGAUUGAUAGAUUUCCGGGGAAGCAGAAGAUUUUCUAUAGUUUCGACUCUGUGGAUGAUGACUCACGUAAUAAUUAUCCUCUUGAUUUUCUCAACUCGAUUACCCCUAAUGGGCUGCCCCCUCAUGAGUUGAAGGUUAAGAAGAAUUGUCCUGUUAUAUUGCUUCAUAAUCUUGAUCCUCAUAAUGGCCUUUGCAAUGGAACUCGGCUGGUAGUACGGGGAUUCCAGAAUAAUUCGAUUGAUGCUGAGAUUGUUAAUGGGCAGCAUGCAGGAAAGAGGGUGUUCAUACCGACGAUACCAAUGUCUCCUUCCGAAGACCUCACUCUUCCAUUCAAGUUUAAGAGGAAGCAAUUCCCCAUCAGGUUGAGUUUUGCGAUGACAAUUAACAAGGCGCAGGGUAAGACCAUACCUAAUGUAGGUAUCUACCUCCCCGAGCCUGUCUUUUCACACGGACAAUUGUAUGUGACUCUGUCAAGAGGUGUAUCUCGUGAGAGUACGUGGGUUCUUGCAAAGAGAAACAUGAACAUCGAUCCUGCUGGAAAGAGUACGAAGAAUAUUGUAUACACAGAUGUCUUGAAAUUGUGA